ACUUACCUUUACCUACUCAUUAAACAUUUGCCUGUUGUAAUCGAAUACACUACAUUGCCUUUACAUUAGACGACUCUAGAAUCCAAUCCUCCCAGUUAGAUUCAUCAUAUACAAUAUCGACCUGUUCACUCUUAACACACACCACACACUUUUCGAACUUCUUCUCGUGCUAGAGCGUCAGGAUUAUAGCAACUCAAGAUGCAUUGCUAUUGCGCAAACUACUAUGGAUCGGUCAAUUGCCAGAACAAAGUGGCCCAUUUCGGCCAACGAUGUAAACUAUGCACAGUAUUGAACGAAGGCCACCCGGUAAAGCAAGACCUGUUCAAGAUAACGUCCAACGACUACGCGUACGACAGCGAGGCCGCGGACGACGAGGACGACUCGAGUCCGGAUGAGCACGGGCAUAGGCACGAGCGGACCAUGGACCAUAGCAAGAGCUCGUCCAAGUGAGCUUUUUCGAAUCAGUGGUCAAUCGAACUACAGACACAGACA